AACUAACUGUUACCUUCGCAGGUGUCGCCUUGCUCCGCGCUCCGCCACGCCAUGGGUAAUAAAAGAAAGUGGUCCCGCAGACUACUACCCCAGACGACUAGAGUAAACAAUACCUAUUGAGAGUCGCGGAGCCACAGUUCAGCUCGAUAUAAAGUCUCUAUUGCCAUUCUCCUUGGACUUUCGUACCCUCUCUGCUCCCUCCCGGAGCAGCGACUUUGCCGAGCUCCGCUUCAAAGUUGCUGAGAGUGUGACGAGCCAGGGAAAAUAAACCAUUCGUCACCGGUGCCCCGCGUAUCCGACCUAGCACUAUGGCCGACGAUUCGCUUGGAGAGUUUGAGUGCAAAAUUUGCCUGGAUGUGCUGUGCAACCCGUGCAAGCUUCCUUGCAACCACUGUUUCUGUGAGUUGUGUCUUGAAGGCGUUUCCCGUCGCAAAGGCACGUGUCCGAUAUGCCGCUCGCCGUUUGUACAGCUCCAACCGGCCGCGGCCAUGCGUAAAGCGCUGAUGAUGAAGCACUUGCCAUGUCCCUACUGUGGAGUGAAGUUCCGUGCUGAUGGUCUGCGGUGUCACAAGAAUCUUUGCAAGGAUGAUGUGGAAAGCCCUGGUGCUGGUGCUGGUGCUGCUGUUAUGGGCUUUGCACCACCACGAGCAGCAGCAGCAGCAGCAGCUGCCCGGCCGCCACUGCUAACUGCCGCCACUGGGACUGGGCAUGGGCCCUCACGCAGGCGACCAGGAGCUAGAGACACGGGUCCGAACAGGUAUACGUUCACCUGCCCUCUGUGCCAGGAGGGGCCUAUCGACUGUGUAGAGCUUGCCGAGCACGUUCAAGAGAGGCACAGCGGUGACAAGCGCCAAGUGGUGUGUCCCGUUUGCAAGGUGAUGCCGUGGGGCAAGCCGGACCAGGUCAGCCAGAACUUCUACGAUCACGUGACGCGCCGUCACCGCUUUGAGUACGACCGCUUUGUGGACUAUGACAUGGAUGAUGAUGAGGCACUGAAGCAUGCGCUCGAGUUCUCCAUGCAGCUGCAGUAGUAGUCCAACUACACCCAGCCUGUGUACCCUGCUGGCUGUAAUACCUGUCAUGGCCGAGCUGGCAUGGGUGGCAGCCAUUACUGUGCAGGGCCUGCGAGUGAUUCGUGCGAAUCUGCACAUGCCGAGCUGGUAUGGAUAACACUAUGGCACAGGGCCUGUGUGUGUGUGUGUGUGUGACUGGUGCGCCGGUGAACAGCUGCCUCUUCAAUGACGACACAUCUACAGUACAACCUCUUUUUUCCAAUUGACAGGACGACUUACCUGAUGUACAUAAUGAUCGCAUAUCACAAUAUCACCAUACUACUGAAUCACUGCACCAUUGCUGCCGGCGCAUGUAGGAGAGGAUUACUUCUUUUAUGCAUGCUGCCAGACAGUUGUGUUGCAGAAACGUUGUGCAUUCGCCAAUAGGAAAUAGGUACAGAGUGCACUAGCACUGCCUUUGUGAUUUGGUCCGGGUACAAAUUGACGAUGCAACUAACUUUACAGCUUCCUUCCGGUUUCAAAUAUACCAUCACGGUGGCUUACCAGACUAAUGUGAAUAUACAUGUUGGUCUCGAUGCUACUCUUUUGUUGUAAAAACUUCUUGGCAGCGAUAUCUGGGCCCAAACGUUUCCGAACACUGUAAUUAUCCUGUCUCUUCGGACAGUCACCGGUGAUUUCCAAUGAUUCUGGCCGCAGCCGUCAUUCUGGUAUGACUAGGGUUCAGUGUCACAGCUGGACCCACCCCGCGGCCCUGCCCUGGAGUCCAUUGUGGCCAACAUCGUACAAACAGAAGCUAUGCUAAGUAUUGCAAUUAGCCUCAGCCUCAAUAUGAACUGCCAUCACUUUACUCAUCAAAGUUUCCUUAAAUACCUGACAAUAUAGUCUAACUUAGCUGAGAUUCAUUUAUUAUUUUAUAGGGAUCAUGUCUGAACUUUGUGGUAUGUCAGCGGUAAUGAUGACAGCCAGCUUUUUUCUCUCCAUCGAUUGCUCAUUGCUUCAAAUUGGGUCUAUUGGGCUUCAUGUGCUCUUUCUAUGUUGUGCUGCUUCCUGUUCAGAGGAUUAGCAGGAGAGAAUAAUAUUAUAUAGAGUUACUUGAUUAUGAACACACAUUGCUGUGAAUGCUUUGAGAUUGCUGGCUGACAUCUUCAUCGCGACAGCGUUUGUGGAGCUCUCCAUGAUAUGUGGCUGCCAUGGAGUCGUACCCAAACUUGGUCGACUCCAUGGCGGCUGCAAAUGUCGAGGACACAUGCCUCAAGUUUCA